CAGGCUUGGAUUGGCCGAAAAAGUUGUGACGUACCAGGUUUUGAGAACCGGGCUGGGUCGCCAUCUGCUGGAUGUUGAGUUAACCCACGUGUUUGCUGGACCGAAAGAGGCUGAUAAGCGGCUGUGGGAGUGGAAAAGUUUGUUGCGGAACUCGUAGUGGCGCCAAAUUCUCAGAUCGCUAGCUGUCGUUUUCGUGAGUUGCUUCUCCCUAAUGGCUGCGACCGCCUUUUCUCCGGUCUGGAAUCGCAUUGGGAGGAGAUAGGCGCAGCCAGGCGGUGACUACAACGAGCGAGCGAGCGAGCUGGGGGGUGGCAAACAAAAUGGCAGAAAGGCCUAUUUGGGAGCAAAUUGGAACAAGUUUUAUACAACUGUAUUAUCAACAGUUUGAUACCAAUAGGGAACAAUUAGGCGCCCUUUAUACAGAUGCUUCCUGUUUAUCAUGGGAAGGGCAGCAGUACCAAGGAAAAGCAUCAAUUAUGGAAAAAUUGAUGAGACUCCCUUUCCAAAAAAUUCAGCACAACAUUACAUCCCAAGAUCAUCAGCCAGCUCCUGACAACUGCAUUCUUAGUAUGGUAGUUGGUCAGCUGAAGGUGGAUGAUGAUCCAGUCAUGGGAUUCCAUCAGUUGUUUGUUCUCAAGAAUAUUAAUGACAAAUGGAUUUGUUCGAAUGACAUAUUUAGGCUGGCUCUGUACAACUUUGCUUGAAACUUUUUCUCCAGUGUGCUUUUGUUUAUCUCAAAUUCCUGACUAAACAAAACUUGUUUUAAAA